UAGUAUGCUGACUAAAAGAAAUGGGAGUGUCUUUAAGAGCAUGGACGGGAUAACAUCUCAGGAGCCCGGAUGUCAGAAGAACACUUGUCCACUGUACAAUGAAUGUGUGGUCCUGCAUAGCGGUGACACUGUUUGUGCAGCAACCUUAACCAGCAUCAACGAGACGCAAUCUACUACUACCACGGAAAUACCCCCAAGUACAUCGGACGCGCCAUCUACAGCAAGCGCAGGGGUAAAUGCUAUUGUUAACGAAGCGUCGUCUCUGUAUACAACAUCAACGGAAAUAUCUACAACCGCUGAACCAAUAACAACAUCCAUGACAACAUCUCCGAUCAUUACGCCUGAAGAGCCAAGUCAGUCUUACACAAACACACCUAACACAGUUUCAACAGAACUUCAGUUAACAACAACCUUAACCAGCAUCAACGAGACGCAAUCUACUACUACCACGGAAAUGCCCCCAAGUACAUCGGACGCGCCAUCUACAGCAAGCGCAGGGGUAUCUGCUAUUGUUAACGAAGCGUCGUCUCUGUAUACAACAUCAACGGAAAUAUCUACAACCGGUGAAUCAAUAACAACAUCCAUGACAACAUCUCCGAUCAUUACGCCUGAAGAGCCAAGUCAGUCUUACACAAACACACCUAACACAGUUUCAACAGAACUUCAGUCAACAAAGAUGAACACAUGUACCACAACCUUAACCAGCAUCAACGAGACGCAAUCUACUACUACCACGGAAAUACCCCCAAGUACAUCGGACGCGCCAUCUACAGCAAGCGCAGGGGUAUCUGCUAUUGUUAACGAAGCGUCGUCUCUGUAUACAACAUCAACGGAAAUAUCUACAACCGGUGAAUCAAUAACAACAUCCAUGACAACAUCUCCGAUCAUUACGCCUGAAGAGCCAAGUCAGUCUUACACAAACACACCUAACACAGUUUCAACAGAACUUCAGUCAACAACUCCACCGGACAGUUGUGUAUCACCUUACAUCUACAACGCUGACCUUGAUAAAUGUCUGUACCUGAGCGAUAAAAAGUACAACUGGACGGAGGCAGACUACUACUGUUUCAGCAUCAGUGGUCGUUUGGUGGUUGCAGAAAACGGUGAAAAACAGUUUGCGAUAGCGAUGUUGAUUGCUGCAGAUGUUCUUGAAUGCUGGGUCGGAGCGUCCUGGGACAGCACGUACAAUUCCUUUGUUUGGUCCUCGGGAAUUCCUAUAAAAGCGAAAUCGCCUUUAUCGGAAGGAUGUUUAAAAAUUAACGGCAGUGGUGUCUUGUCCAGUGAAGGGUGUGACAUAGGACGUUUUUAUAUAUGUGAGUCAGUGUGAGACGAAUCUAAAUGUAACUGAACCAAGGGAAAGUCUAUAAAGACAUCAUCACUAUCGACAGG